AUGAGAUGGCUGUUGGGUGCGCCACAGGGGAUUGCAAAUGAGAAACUCUAUAUGGAUAGCGGUAUGCUGGGCUUAGAACACCAGCUAGCUUUAAGAUCCCUAAACUAUCGGCUAAAACUAGAGGGAGAGGCCAAAAAGGGGACGAUGCUGGGUAAUUUGUAUUUAAUGAACAAGCAGAAAGGACUGACGUGGGUAAGGACCUGCUCUAGAUGGACUGAUCUUGUAAAUUUUAGCGGUCUUAGAUAA